AUGGGAAUAAUGAUAACUUCGGCUCGUUGUUCUAUCAUGCAGUCUUUCUUUAACGCAACUCGAUGCGUUCGCACUCCAAUGAUACCAUAUAAUGCUUGUCGCUUUUUAUCAACAAACAAGGAUGACAUUGUCGUAACGGAACGGUUGUCGGACGCAAAAGGCAAACGAGCUGCAUGCUUGGCUAAGAUCUAUUUAAUCUAUUUAAAAAUGCAAAUAAUGCGAGAAUUAUUAGUGAUGAAGAAUUUUUGA